AUGUUUUCCUCGGCACUCAAGUCCAUCUCCGCCACCAACAUAACCGCAAACUAUUCCGUCUCCCCAAGUCCGACGUCGACAGCUGGCCCUUGGAAGAUCUAUGACGCGAAGAAGAAAUCCACGGGCAAAGGCUACAGCGUCUUCGUCUUUGACAAGAAGUCGCUAGAUGGCCAUGGAAAUUCUCUCGCUCGUUCCAGCGCAUCCGCCUUUAAGCGUAGCGUCGAGGAGGUUGUCGAGCGACUGAAGAAGGAGGCCUCGAGCCUCGCCAAGCUGCGCCACCCCAACAUCCUCGAGCUGGUCGAGCCGGUCGAGGAGACGAGGGGUGGAGGGCUUCAGUUCGUCACCGAAGCCGUCACUGCCUCGCUGGCGAGUCUCUUGCAGGAAAAGGAUGACCAGGAGAGGUCGGGUGGCCCUGGAGGUCGGUCGAGUCGCUACGUCACGGAGGAUGCGGAUGGCGUCCGGAGGCGGCGGGAUAUCGAAAUGGACGAGCUCGAGAUACAGAAGGGGCUGCUGCAGGUCAGCAAGGCCCUCGAGUUUCUGCACGAGAAUGCGGGACUCGUUCAUGGCAACUUGACGCCAGAGGCAGUCCUCAUCAACGCCAAGUCGGACUGGAAGAUUAGCGGCUUCUCCUUUUGCAGCCCUGCCGAGAACUCGACCAAGCCGACCUCCAUUCAAGGCAUUAACCUGCACGAGGUUCUCAACUCGGACUCCAGACUCCCGCAGGUCGUCCAGAUGAACCUCGACUACACCUCGCCCGACUUUGUCUUCGACAAUUCCCUAACGCCUUCGGCAGACAUGUUCUCUCUCGGCUUACUCUCCGUCGCACUCUACAACUCUCCCCACAAAUCGCCCUUGGAAAACCAUGGCAGUCUGUCCACGUACAAGAGGCUGUUCUCGUCGUCGGCAACGGUGCCCACGACAUCGAACAACUUCCUGUCAUCCCGCCCGCUGCCAAAGGACCUCGCGGCCCAUGUGCUUCCGCGUCUCAUCACGAGACGGCCUGCCCAGCGGAUGACGGCCCACGAAUUUCAGCAGAGCGAGUAUUUUGACAACGUUCUCGUUUCGACGAUUCGCUUCCUAGACUCGUUUCCUGCCAAAUCGGCGAAUGAAAAAUCCCAGUUCCUGCGUGGUCUCAACAAAGUACUUCCAUCCUUCCCGAUGUCCGUCAUGGAGAAGAAGAUUUUGCCAGGGUUGCUGGAGGAGCUGAAAGACAGAGAUCUUCUCGCCCCAAUUCUCCAGAACAUCUUCAAAAUCAUCGAGUUGCUACCGUCGGCUCGACAAUCGUUUGGAGAACAGGUUCGGCCGGCUUUGAAAGAAAUUUUCGUCGUGAAUGCGAAGCAAACUCAGGAGAAGGAUCCAGCCAGAGAUGCAGGUCUAAUGGUCUUUCUCGAACACCUCUCAGCGGCUGCCGAAAACAGCACCGGGAAGGAGUUCAAAGACGACAUCCUACCAGUCCUCAUGGCUGCCAUCGAGUGUCCCACCCACUCCAUCGUGGACGCGGCGUUGAGGACCUUGCCGUCCGUACUGCCCGUUCUCGAUUUCAGCACGAUAAAGAACGAACUCUUCCCCGUGGUGGCGGUCGUGUUUAGCAAAACAAACAGCCUCGCCAUCAAGGUCCGCGGCCUGCAGGCUUUCGUCAUACUUUGUGGCGGGUCCACCGACGCUGCAACCGACGAUGGCCUCAACGGACUCACGACAGACAAGACUUCGUCAUCGAGCGCUUUGGACAAGUACACGAUGCAGGAGAAGAUUCUACCCCUGAUCAAGGCCAUCAAGACGAAGGAGCCGGCGGUGAUGAUUGCGGCACUCAACGUACUCCGCAUUGUCGGCCAGACGGCCGAUGCCGAGUUUGUCGCCAUGGAUAUCCUGCCAGUGCUGUGGAGCAUGAGUUUGGGGCCGUUGCUGGAUCUCAAGCAGUUUCAGACAUUCAUGGAGCUCAUCAAACUGCUGUCCCGGCGUGUCGAGGACGAGCAGACGAGGAAGCUUCAAGAGACGUUGGGCAACGCCAAUGGAUCUACAGCCGGCCGUAACGACGACUUCCUCGCCUUUGGCGGGGUGACGGGGACGACGUUCGAGGCGGACAGCGGCGCCAACGCGGAUGACUUUGAGGCGCUCGUCAAGGGCCGAGUCGACCGCUCUUCGAGCAAUGGAAUGGCAAGCUGGGACGAGACGCCACCUCCUGUACCGCCAGCGAAACCGACGUCAAGCAUGUCGCAGCCAGCAGCAGCCUUUUCCUGGUCCACUCAGGGUCCAACGGCGAAUCCUCCCAGGCAGUCCAACCCAAGCCCCAUGUACCGCACCGUCACGCCUGAUCUGGGACGAUUCGGGACGCUGACGCCGUCGGCGACGCAGUACAGCCAGCCGCUGCAACCUGUGCCGUCCAACCUUCAACCGGCUCCUCAGCCUAGCUCGUCCUCACCAGUGACAUGGUCCACUUCCUCGCCCUCUCCUUGGGCAUCGACGCCAACGACGUCGAGCUACGGCGCCAACUAUACGACGUCCAUACCCACAUCGCCGGUCACAAGCUUUGGCGGCAGCGCGACCACACCCAUGUCCAACCCUCCGCUCGGCCAGAGACCGGCCAUGAACGACACACGCAAGACGUCGUUCUCCCUACCACCGCCGCCAGGUAUCGGCCAGGGAACAUUGGGCACCAGCAUUAGAUCUCCACAGGCGCAAACGCAGCAGAGCAGCUGGCCCAAGGGUAGCAUGAACCCGACUGCCUACCAGCCGACGACCAGCAGCAAUGUCAGCGGGCAUGCACCAAGCGGUGCCCCUCAAAGCUCUGGGCUGGACAAGUACGAGAGUUUGAUCUAG